CCUGAACGGUCCUGUACUCUUUAUCUUCCCCACUUGUUUUCUACAAGACAACCGUUCCGAAUAUUUGAAAGUUCACUCGUAACCAUUCAGCUGGAAGAUUUAAGUUUAGUUACUGUCGAGGACGGGGUAAUAAUUUAAUUGAAGUGAGCUCAGUUACUUUACUGAUACGAUACAGUGUAUUAUCUCGUGAGCGAAUAUUUACCAGUGGAAAUUUUAAUACCAGUUGUUAUAACGCUAGAUAAUUUAAUAUGGGGACAGAAACCGAUGAUAACCCUGCAGACCACAGAAACACUUUUCAACCAUCUUCAGAAGAGAUCGAACACUGGAUGCAGAAGGCUUUUGACAUGGCUAAAGAAGCUUUAGAGAACGGCGAAGUGCCUGUUGGAUGUCUCAUGGUGUACAACAACGAGGUCCUAGGCAGAGGGAGAAACGAAGUGAAUGAAACUAAAAAUGCCACCCGACAUGCAGAGAUGGUUGCUUUGGACCAUGUGCUGCAAUGGUGUCACCAGGAGAACAGGAACUCCAAGGAGGUGUUUAAGGAAACCGUCCUCUAUGUGACAGUGGAACCCUGCAUCAUGUGUGCUGGGGCCUUACGGCUGCUGAACAUCCCCCUGGUGGUGUACGGGUGCCGAAACGAGCGGUUUGGCGGAUGCGGGUCGGUGCUGAACGUUCCGGCAGACCAGCUGCCGCGCACUGGAGCGCCAUUCAAGUGCAUAUCGGGCUUCAGGUCUGAGGAGGCUGUGGAGCUUCUGAAAUUGUUUUACAAGCAGGAAAACCCAAAUGCCCCGAAACCUAAAGCAAGAAAAGACUGAAGAAGGAAAGUUCUACAUGUGUACACCAGGGGGCUCUAGUCAUCAAGCAAUGAAGUCGAUGGCAAGGGGCCAUGCGGCUCGGAGGCUAUGCGUUCUCUGAAACGAACUGGAAAAACGGCUUGAUUUGACCGCGGUCUGCACAAAUCACUCCUCGUUAUUCUUUUAAGAAAAACGAUUUAAGGCCUUCUUCUGUAUUUUAUCUGAGGUCCGUGAAUGUAUCCUGUAAUAUUCGUGAAAGUCUUUUUUGUUGUUGUAAUUGUGUGUCAUGCCAUGUUCUAUGAGUCUUAAUGCCGCUUGUGCAGCCCACAUAAAUUCAGUGCAUAAAAUAUAGUGUAAUAUAGUGCUGAUCUAAUUUGACGUGAUUUUAAUUUGAUUGCAGAGCGGAAAAGGAGGUUUUCGUACAGAGCAGUGUUGUACAGUACGUGAACCUCUCUCAUAUGUGGGUUUCCUGCAAGGCUGUGGGAAUAGCCGAGUGGACCAUCAGCUUUACUGGGGUAACGGUUCUGACACAAAUUGGCGGGGCACUGAAUCGUUGUGUGGACUUGCCUCUGGCCUACUCCCGCCUCCCGCCCCCCCCCUCCCUGUCCUCGUUUGACCCAGAUCCCAGGCUCCGGCUCCCUCGGUUUCCCCUGGUAACGGUGCAGGUGCGUGCACAGAUCGUUGGAAUGGCUGCUCUCUGCCGGUUCGAUUCCUGCGAUGGAACGGGCGCGCUCUGUCAUCCCUUUGACAGCCCGACGGGCGGAUUAGUAGCAGUUUGAUGAGCUUGCGCUCUUCCUGCAGACUAAUCUAUCCGUUCGCUCUCCUUUUUCUUUUUUCUUUGCGCUGGCUGUGGUUCCAGCUCAGAACUGAGAGUAGAGUGUGUUGAUGUGUAUGAAAGGGAAAGGAAAUCUUCCUGGAAGAGGGCCUACAUAUCGGACAACAUGCCACAAGGUCUUGAUUACGCAGGCCACGAUUUAUGUCAUCAAGACAGACUGGGAAUAUUUUCCUUUGUACAGAUCAAAGCAAUACCAUGAACAUGAUUUUGUUCUUGUCAGAUUUUCAGAUCCUUACCCUGUGUAUGUGCUAUUUGUAUGGACUAGGAAAUGGCGAAUCAUUUGUAUGUAUGAUAUGUGGGUUUGUCUAUACUGAAAUGCCAGUCUUAUAGUGAACAGGCAAUUUGUUGGCCCAUGUGUCUUACUAAGAUCCAAUACUCUGUAUUUUUUAAAAUAAAUUCAAUCUGAUGAAACAGUUUUUUUCCUGGGUUGAUCAUUAUUUUCAGUUGAAAUGUGUGUUCCAUUUUGUAAUUUUUCCCUUCAGAGACAUUAUUUUGGUCACUUUGGUGUGUGGGGAAAAAUUACAAAACGGAAAGGAACAUAUUUUGCGUGUGCCGUAAUAUCUAGAUGCCUUCGUCAAAAAAUGCAACCAGACGAACAGAUAGCGGUAGCGCACGUUAUAGGCUCCGGGUUGAGAUGCUGCAACGUUCAGCAAUCGCAGUGAGAAGCCGGAAGGCGCCGCGAUGGAAAGGCGGCCGGGAGCCAAGCGUCGCCAGGUCCUCAGCUCCCGCCGCAUGCCUGCGUUGCCCACUGACGCGAGUCGCGGGGGGGAAGACAGGAAGGUGCGCCGAGUCGUAAAAUAAACCGACCCCCCCCCCCCCCCCGCAGUGUUCCCCCCCCGUCAGCUGGACUCCCACGUUUCCUUUCAUGUUUCACCGCAGGUGCCAAAUUUCCGACGUCUUCCCACCCCACCCCCCCCAGGUCUGAUGCGCGUAACACUUAAAACCUACUGCGCCAAAGUGGCGGUUGACGUAAAAAAAACGCCUGUAUCGCGUAAGACCGGCUCUCGCGCCAAGGCUUCCCUUCUGGUCUCUGCUUCAGCUGCUGACGCAGUGUUUGCCGAGGCCGCCCCCCCCCGCAUUAAUAAUUCCCACUGAUCUCCCGUAUGUUUUUCCUGUCUAACGGCUGAAGCGUCUCUGCGGGGACAAGGUUAAGUCUGAAUGCUACGGUGAAUUAUUUAUUAGCAGGAACCCCUCAUCCGGCGUGAAUGCCAUGGCCUGCUCUGCACGUGCUAUUCACGCAGGUGGGCCCCCGUGAACUUUACCCAGCUGGGUAUUUGUUGCGGUUCAGGUGCCUUGCUCAAGCGUGUGAUGACAGUCCUUGACUUGGGAUUUGAACCUGCAGCCUUCUGGUUUACUACCUGAAAUCCUUCAUCACUCCACUACGUAAUGUAUGUUCUGCUAUUAUCAGAGCGUGGGACAAAAUUAUAUGUUAUUAUAUUAGUCUCGGGCCUGGGACAAUAAUAUUUACCGCAGACCAUACUGUGACCCCCCCCCUUCCCCUCCUCCAGGGCCCGUACAUGAUUGUCCCCCCUGAUGGCAGCGCUGGCUAUUUAUACGUAUUUGGAGCAUUGAGGCACAAAGGCAAGCUCAAAACAGCCCCCACCCCCCCCACCCACCCACCCACACACACACAAUUUUAAGUGCUUUUCAUCGCUUUGUGUACACCACCCCGUUCGGUGUCGUCAAAUUUCGAUCAAGGAUUGCUCAUGUUGCCGUUUCAUGGCAACCGGCCCGGCGAAGCCUGGAUGGAUUUCGGCGGCGGCCGUGCUCUUUCGGGGGAGGGCGUAACGCCGAGAUGCGGAUGCGUGCGCUCGCCCGUCGCUGUUCGCCACAGCGCGUGUUCAUGUGACGCGCCGCGAGGCGGGCUGCCCCUCGGCACACCCCUCCCGCUCUUAAAAGCAUCCGAUAUCUAUCUCUGUCUUUGACCUCUACCUCCCCUGCCAGAUUGCCGUUGCUUAUCAGGACAGUGCUACUCAAAAGGCCGUACGUUAGAGCAGUAAGAUUUCCAUCGGGUUAUCAUUGGAUCGUCUUCAGAUCUGUGUGAAAAAGGUCGGGGUGUUUGUAUUAUGCCGCCUCUGAGGACCCCUUGAUUAUUGUACUGUGCUUGUAAGUUGUAGAUGCGCAGGAAACAUUUAACUUGAAACUCAAGCAUCAGCUUUACUGUAAAAUGUAUUCAGGUUUGCAUAGCGUUGGUUUUAAUCAAUUUUAAAAGGAUUGGAUUUGCUAGUUUUUUUUUUAUUUUAGGGACAUUCCAUGUCAAUUUGGCAAAACAAUUGACAUCUUGGGUUUUCCUGAAGAUUUCCACAAAGAAACUUCCUAUGAUGGGAAGGAUAUUUGAUUCCUAUUUGAGAUUUGGGUCACAAAUAUUUUGCGAGAAUAUUGCAAGUUCUUAUUUUGGGAAAUAAUUUAUUGUGGAUAUUGUGGAUUUAUUGGCGAAUCAGCUACAUUUAUUUGUGGAUCCAUUACAUUUAUUUGUGAACCAAUGAUUUUAUUUUUUAUUUAAAAAAAUGUGUUAUUAAAAAAAUGUGAAUCUCGU